AUGAUCUGCAUGUACGAUGGGGUAUUGAACAUGGGGUUGUCCCUUAUCCGGGAGCUGCGUUGUCUUGGCAACCAAGAACUCAUUCAAAUUUAUCACUGCGGAGGAGACGAGCUGUCGGGGAGAUCAGUUAACCUAUUAUUCAGUCUUGACGACCGCGUUGAGCUCGUUGACGUUUGCUCCGACUUCUCAUCACGCGGUGUGAUCUCUAGUAAUAUGACUACUAACUUUCAGAGUUGGUGGAUCAAACCACUUGCCAUGUAUCACACAGACAUUCGCCACGUGAUGCUGCUGGACGUAGACGACGUUAUCAUGAAGGACCCUGCCGUACUACGCGAUCUGGACGGGUAUAUGAAGACAGGAACGACUUUUUUCUACGAUCGUGUCGCUCACAAGAAAAGAUUUCUGAAUGGCAACGACCACGGGAGAUAUUAUCUACGAAGAUUACUACGAGAAUUUGACUACGCAAGGUUCAAUGUGUCCAGAGGCUUUGCUCCAUCGCAACAUGUACUGAACUCGUUCGCGUAUAAAGGCAAAUCUUGCCACGAAAUGGAUUCAUCGAUGGUGCUAAUUGACAAGGAACGAGCAGGAAAUACAGUCAUGAAAAUAAUGUUCUGGUUCAUUACCGAAGAACGAUUCCGCUUCAAAUACUCAUGGGGUGAUAAGGAGACAUUCUGGCUGGCAUUCGAGCUGGCUCAUGUGACGUACACGUACUCGCCUUGGGGUGUUAGUGUGGUCAAUUCAAUGCCCAACGAGGACAUGAAGAGACAUCCUGAUGCACUUUGCGGGAGUAUUCUUCAGUUCGUACCUAUUGAUAACAGUGAGAUUGAAGUAUUGUACGUGAACGGCAAGGCGUUGAUCGAUCCAUACCCGCAGGGUGUGGCUUAUAUUCGCAAGGCAAAGCAGAACAAUUUGUUCAAUAUGCUACCGACUCACAUGACACCUCGUCAGUACCGCAGAGAAGUAAACACGACGGCGCAUCAGAAAGAGAAAUUCAACAUCGAGUGUCUUCCCGGAAUGGGUUCAACGCUAUUGCCUGCUUCAUUUUCACACAAUCUUUUACGGCGUCGCCUGCAUUUCCUUGGAGUUGCCACGGACGUUAUUGGCUCAUUACAACAUUGUGAAACGUAUGAUCAAGCGUAA